AUGGCUUCAACCGCUCAAGAACCGUCAAAUGUACCACCACCAUCUGCUGGUUCGCAAUCCGAUUCCCCACGACCCGGUUCUUCACAAUCCAACAAACGCAGUAGUUCGCAGGCUGGAAAUGAUGAGGACAAGAAAGCCCCUCCCAAGAGGAGAGCCGCAAAGGCGUGUAAAGCAUGCAGGAGUCGAAAAGUUCGUUGCGAUGUGAUGCACAAAUACCAUUUCACGCCAGAAGGAAGUGUAACAUGUUCAAAUUGUACAAUGGAUGGCAUUCCAUGUGUGGUGGAGGAAAGCAAGCGUCGCAAAAAGCAAAUUUCCAAUGGUCAAAUUCCGGACUCAAGUCUACCCAGCGGGACAUCCGACCCUUCCGCAAUUGCGGCGGCGCGGGCCCUUGGUUUGGUAAACGGACUCAUAAACCCUUCAGAAAUCAACAAUGCCGGUGACAGAAGGUGGAGUGGAUCUACGGACAUUUCCACUGACGGUUUUGCGAAUGGGCAUAUGCCUCAUUCAAUCUAUCGCAAUGCACAGAUGAACAAUGGCGAAAUGCUACGAAGAGGAAGCUAUAUCCGUGGUCAGUUCGAAACAGACAAUAAUCUUGUAAACAACCUGCUCAAAUCUGCUUCCGUGACUGGAGACAGAACUGCGGCCCCACCAAGAUCCUCACCGUCGCCAAAUUUUGAAACCCUCACACAAAUUCCGCAGAGCACGCGACCGAAACAUCUCUUACCAGCGUAUUUGAAACCACUACCCACGCGCAUGACAUCGGUCGAUAUCGAGUUUUUGUAUGCAAAGGGAGCGUUGUCUUUACCAGAAAUGAGUGUCCGAAAUGCACUUAUAACAGCUUACCUGGAAUAUGUCCACCCUUACAUGCCAUUGAUUGAGGUGUGCGAAACAUUGCGAAUAAUCGAUGAUGAAUCGGGAUCAUCUGGAAAGAUGAGCUUGUUUCUUUUCCAAGCAAUGAUGUUUGCUGGAACUGCUUUCGUCGAUAUGGAUGUUCUGAGGCGUGCGGGUUUCACUAACAGAAAAGCUGCGAGGAAAGCAUUCUUCCAGAAAGCUAGGGUCCUUUACGAUUUUGAUUAUGAAAUGGAUCGUAUUUCUUUGGUACAGUCGCUUCUUUUAAUGACUUAUUGGUACGAAACACCGGAUGAUCAAAAAGAUACAUGGCAUUGGAUGGGCGUCGCAAUUUCUCUCGCUCACACGAUCGGGCUGCACAGAGAUCCUGCGAAUUCUAAUAUGGAACCGAGUCGUAAGAAAUUGUGGAAGCGCAUAUGGUGGUCGACAUUUAUGCGAGAUCGCCUUGUAGCCCUCGGGAUGCGAAGACCCACUCGGGUGAAGGAGGAAGAUUACGACGUACCCAUGUUGAGCGAGGACGAUUUCGAGACUGAAUUACUACCUUUAUCGAAUAACAUUGUCCCGAUCGAGCACACUCUACUUCGAGAUGUAGCGGCCCAGAAGGAGCUGGCACAGUUGUGUAUUGCCAAGGCAAAGCUCUGUCUGUGUGUCAGCCAUGUUUUGGGAGCACAAUACUCCGUACUGGUCAAGCAUCAAGGUAUGCAAGGCCAAGAAGGUACUACGAGAUCAAGUGUGAUGCUAUUUCCGAAGAAACUGGAUCAAACCGAUGAAGUUCGUCGGUGUGAUCUCGAAUUAAAAGAGUGGUUAGCAGAGCUUCCACCAGCUUGCGUAUACACGGAGGAAUUAGGGCCAGGAGCCAGUGCGCCACCAUUGUUUGUCCAAAGAUCAUUAUUACACAUGAUAUAUUUUACAGCUCUAUCAGCACUUCAUCGGCCACAGGUAUUGCCAAACGCGCCAAGCGACCCGUCGGCAUUAUCACAACUUACCCAAGACAACUCGCGGAAAAGAGUACGAGAAGCGUCAAAAGAAAUCACUAGAAUCUCAAAACAGCUUCAUGUGACGGGUUUGGAUCGAUAUCUUCCAACAACCGGUGUUACAGUCCUCCUCCCAGCGAUCAUCAUCCAUCUACUAGAUGUCAAAUCCCCAAACGAAGAGGCUCGAAAAGCAGCGAUGCAAGGAUUCGUCCAAUGCAUGCAACUCCUCGAGAGACUUCGCGAAAACUACUCUUCCGCGGAUUUUGCCUCGCAAUUCCUGGAAGCAGCAGUCAAGAUGGCGAAUAUCGACAUGACAUUAAUGCCUCGACCACAAGACAAACCACUUCCGACCACCGAGGGCGUUGAGAGCGCAAUAACCACGGAAAGCAUUAACCAACUCAAGGGUUAUGUCCAAGGAAACCGCCGCACUCCACCACACGACGAUACCAUCCUUUUUCCUCAAGAGUCUCAUGCUAAACUUGAUACCAUCGCCGCGCUCACACCUCCAGAUCACCAAGACGCGUUACCUCCAAAUCUAAACUUUACGAACGAUCUCACUCUCCAGUUCGAUCCAAACGCUAACGGCGCGUGCGAAACGGAUUUCUUUAUCAAUUUCGAUGCGACGGCUGAUUCGUAUAUGGGCGAUGGAGUGUUUGGAGGCGAGAGUGGUCUUGACUUGUCAUUCAUGAAUGGGGGUAAGGAGGGGUGGAGCCGCGUUGGGAGUCCAGCGCUGUUUGGGGGCGAGUUUGGGGAUCUGGUUACGGGGAGUGGAGAGGGCUUUGUGUGA